AUGAUCAUGGUACUCAUACUAAGAUUCAGGCAAUGUUUGACAACGUUAUAUUAAAUAUAAAAUUUGAUGAUAAAAUACUCAUUUCACUGUUGACGGCUAUAGUAUUAUUCAACCCGAAUCGACCCCACCUAACCCAUAGACAUAAUGUUAAUUGUUGAUGACCUCCCGGUUCCCUCCAAUCACUCGUGGACUGGUAGUCAUACCCAUGAGUGGUGGGCCAAUACAUUAGACCACAGCCGCCAAACUCUGGUUAACUCCCGGCCCCAUACCAUCUCUGAUGAACUCCUGGUGCGACUGACUGUACUCUUGAGGAUAUCGACCGUUCGUUUGUCCGCUGAGUGUGUCGUCUGA